UCGCUCCUGAGCCGGUGAGCAAGCCCGAGAGCUCUGCUAGGGUCCUGGGGGUCCUGCCAGCCCCCGCAGCCUCCCACUGCCAGCGGUCUCUCCUGCCCAGGGCUGUGAGGAUGUCCUCGGCGUAGCCGCCGCCGCCGCCGCCGCCCGGCCUGCCCCCACCCCAGCCCCCGCCGCCGCCGCCCGCGCUGCUGCUGCCUCCUCCGGCCCCCCCCCUCGCCCCCCUCACGCAGCAGGCUCGCCACCACACGCUCCUCUGGCGCACAGAGCAUGCCUCUGAGUCCCGCGAGCAGGAAGCAGCAUGAGGCGCCGCCGCUGGAGCAGCAGCAGCAGCAGCCGCCGCCGCCGCCGGAGAAGCCAGAGCAGCAGCAGCAGCAGCAGCAGCGGCCGCGGCAGCAGCCGGAGGAGGAGGAGGAGGAGGAGGAGGACGCCGCCGCCGAGGACGAGGAAGAGCGAGAGCGCGAGCCGCGAGCGCAGCAGCCUCGGCAGCCGCCCCCCUGCGUGGUCAACGGCGAGCCGGGGGAGAGCGCGGGGGGCAGCCUCAGGGAGGAGACCCUGUAUGAUACCAUCAAGCCCCCCGCCCGCGCCGGCCCCGGCCCCUGCACCGACAAGCUGGCCUCGCCGCCAGGGCGGAUGGACGAGCCGGCGGCGCCCCAUGCCCUCGUCAUCCGCAUCGGGAUCCCCGACCUCCAGCAGACGAAGUGUCUGCGGCUGAACCCGGAUGUCCCCGUCUGGGUCUCCAAGCAGCGCAUUCUCUGCACCCUGAACCACAGCCUGAAGGAUGUGCUGAACUAUGGCCUCUUCCAGCCAGCCUUCAAUGGCAGGGCUGGGAAGUUCCUGGAUGAAGAGCGGCUGCUGAGGGAAUAUCCUCUCAACCCGGACACCCCCGUCCCUUACCUGGAGUUCCGGUACAAGAGGAGGGUUUACACCCAGAGCCUGCUGGAUGACAAACAGUUUGCCAAGUUGCACACGAAGGCGAAUUUGAAGAAGUUCAUGGAGUAUGUGCAGACGCUGAAUGUGGAGAAGGUCAGCCGGCUGCUGGAGAAGGGACUGGACCCCAACUUCCAUGAUCCGGACACUGGAGAAUGCCCCCUGACGAUGGCUGCCCAGCUGGAGUACAGUGUCGACGUGCUUAAAGCUCUGAGGAAUGGCGGCGCACACCUGGACUUCCGGACGCGGGAGGGGAUGACAGCGCUCCACAAAGCCAUCCGCUGCCGAAACCAUGCUGCCCUCAUGACGCUGUUGGACCUGGGUGCCUCUACGGAUUACAAGGACAGCCGCGGGCUCACGCCCCUGUACCACAGUGCCAUGGUUGGAGGAGACCCCUACUGCUGUGAACUGCUCUUGCACGACCACGCCAAAGUCGGCUGCAUCGAUGAAAACGGCUGGCAAGAAAUCCAUCAGGCCUGCCGCUAUGGGCACGUGCAGCACUUGGAACAUCUCCUCUUCUAUGGGGCGGACAUGGCCGCGCAGAAUGCCUCGGGGAACACUGCCCUCCACGUGUGUGCUCUCUACAACCAGGAGAGUUGUGCUCGGGUCCUUCUGUUCCGUGGGGCAAGCAAGGAGAUCCGGAACUACAACAGCCAGACGGCAUUCCAGGUGGCCAUCAUUGCGGGGAAUUUUGAAUUGGCCGAAAUCAUCAAAACCCACAAAGAGUCCGACGUUGUGCCUUUCAGGGAGACUCCCAGCUACACGAAGCGGAGAAGGGUCCUCGGCGUGGGCGGCCUCUCCUCUCCCCGCCUCCUGCAGCGGUCUGCCAGCGACAACAACUUGAAGCCCGAGAGCCGCCCGUCCUACUCGCCGGUGCCCUCGCUCCGCAGCCUGCCCUCCCAGCUGCUGGCUCAGAUGCAGGAAGCGGCUGGGGGGGUGGGCGGCGGGGACAGUGGCCUGGCGAGCACGGGCAGCGCCCGGAGCGCCCACAGCCGCUCCCCAUCACUGCAGCGUGUGCAGGAAGAGAAGGAGGCCGAUGCCCACCACACCCUCAGGAGAAGCAGCCGCGGCAAGGCCAGCCCCAGCGGGAGCGGGAGCGGCCCCGGGGGCGCGCCGGGAGCCGGGCCGGGCGUGGAGCCCACCCCGCACGCAGCCCCGGCCCCGCUGCGAGGGCCCAAGAGGAAGCUGUACAGCGCCGUGCCCGGACGCAAGUUCAUCGCCGUCAAGAGCUACACGCCGCAGGGCGAAGGCGAGAUCCAGCUGAACCGCGGAGAAGCCGUCAAGGUGCUCAGUAUUGGAGAAGGGGGCUUUUGGGAAGGAACAGUGAAAGGACGGACCGGCUGGUUCCCGGCAGAAUGUGUGGAGGAGGUGCAGAUGCGGCAGUAUGACCCUCGGCAAGAAACGAGGGAAGACAGGACCAAGCGGCUCUUCCGACACUACACUGUGGGCUCCUACGACACCUUCACCUCUCACAGUGACUACAUCAUCGAGGAGAAGGCGGCCGUCCUGCAGAAGCGAGAGCAUGAGGGCUUCGGCUUUGUCCUGCGCGGGGCCAAAGCCCUCUCUGUUUCAGCUGAGACUCCGAUUGAGGAGUUCACCCCAACGCCUGCUUUCCCGGCUCUCCAGUACCUGGAAUCCGUGGACGUGGAGGGUGUGGCCUGGCGAGCAGGACUUCGCACAGGAGACUUCCUGAUUGAGGUGAAUGGUGUGAAUGUGGUGAAGGUGGGCCACAAGCAGGUGGUGUCGCUCAUCCGCCAGGGGGGGAACCACCUGGUGAUGAAAGUGGUCUCCGUCAGCCGCAAGCCAGAGUCGGAGGACGUCGUUCGGAAAAAAGCCCCGCCGCCGCCCAAGCGAGCCCCCAGCACCACCCUGACGCUGCGCUCCAAGUCCAUGACCGCUGAGCUGGAAGAGCUGGCCUCGAUGCGGAGGAGGAAAGGGGAGAAGCUGGACGAGAUUCUGGCAGCUGCUGACCCCUCCCUGCGAGCGGACAUUGUCGAAGCGGAUUCCAGGGCAGCCACCGUGAAGCAGCGGCCCACCAGCCGGCGCAUUACUCCCGCGGAGAUCAGUUCGCUGUUUGAGCGGCAGGGGAUGGCAGCACAUGCUGGGCCAGAGAAACCCCACGUUUCCCUUCGCAAAGGAAUCCCACGGACAAAAUCUGUCGGUGAAGAUGAGAAAUUUGCCGCUUCCUUAAUGGAUGGGAAAUUUCCCCGGAGCACCUCGAUGCAAGACACUGUCAGAGAAGGGCACGGCAUCCCACCCCCACCUCAGACCGCUCCCCCCCCACCGCCUUCCCCCUAUUACUUUGACACAGGCCCGCCCCCGUCCUUCUCCCCACCGCCUCCCCCAGGGAGGGUCUACGACACGGUCCGGUCCAGCUUUAAGCCCGGCGUGGAGGCCAAGAUCCAUGGGCUGCCCCAGGUGAUCAGUGCGGCGGAGAUGUACGACCACGCCAGGACUUCCAUCCCAUACCCCGAGCGCCAGAAGCGGGCCCGGUCCAUGAUCAUCCUGCAGGACUCUUCCCACAUUCCUGUGGAGCCCACGGACAUCCCCCGCCCAGGCCCCUCUGCCACGCCCCCGGAGCGGCUGAAGCGGAAGGGGCGCGCCGUCGACAACCCCUACGCCAACAUGGGCCAGUUCAACGCCAGCCUCUUUGCCCCCACCAAGCCCCAGAGGAAGAAGAGCCCCUUGGUGAAGCAGUUGCAGGUGGAGGAUGCACAGGAGCGCGCGGCACUCUCGAUUGCGGGCAGCUUCACGCGGGAGCCCUCCCCCACGCGACGCAGCCACCGCCUGAGCGGCCUGGAGUACCCGUCCCAGGUGGACACCGCCAGCCUCCCCUUCACCACUGCCAUCGCCGGAGUCAUGAAAGACCGAGAGCGCCGCCUGGACGAAAAGCGGAAAUCCACUGUCUUCCUCUCAGUCGGGGCCAUCGAAGGGAGCCCCCCCACCAUAGAGAUGCCAUCUCUGCAGCAGUCCCGGUCCAUCGACGAGCGUCUGCUGGGGAGCCGGGACGUGCUCCUGCCUUCCCCCGUCUCCGCAUUGAAGCCAUUAAUCAGCAGUUCCUCCUCCACCUUCAUCCACCCCCUCACGGGCAAGCCCCUGGACCCCAACUCUCCCCUGGCGCUGGCGCUGGCCGCAAGGGAGCGGGCGCUGUCCACCCAGGUCUCCUCCAGAGUGCCCACCCCCAUCCACAGCCCAGACUCAGACCGCGCCGCGCCCCUGUUUGUGGACAUCCAAACCAAAGACCAAGAGAGGGGGGAGCUGGGGGGCCUGGUGUCGCCUGCGUACUCGCCCGGGGCCAAGGUGCCCACACCGGGUCCAUUGACCCCGACGCAGAGCCCCUGGGGGAUGCCAACAACUGUGAGGAAGGAGAGCGAGGUGCGAGCCGAGACUCCUGGGAGAGAGGAGAAGAAAGCGGAGGAGAAGAAGUCCAUGAUCAUCAGCAUUGUGGACACGUCCCAGCAGAAGACGGCGGGCCUCAUCAUGGUGCAUGCGACAAGCAACGGCCAAGACCUCGGGCUGGAGAUGAAGGAGGAAGAAACGCCCCUGGCCCCCGAGGCAGGCCCAGAGCCAGCGGAGGAGUCGGUGGCAGAGUCCCAGCCAAGCCCGGCAGGAAAAGCUCCCGUCAGCCCGGCCUCUGACAAGAAGCUUGGCCAAGGCAGUUCUGAGGAGGAGGCGGAGCCAUACACGGUGACCUUGCCGCCUGCUCAGCUGUCUUCGAGUGACGAGGAGACCAGGGAGGAGCUGGCCAAGAUUGGGCUGGUGCCUCCGCCAGACGAGUUUGCAAAUGGGGUCCUGGUCACCACCCCGGGCACCCCUAUCAGCCAGCUGGCCACUCCAGGAGUGGCCACGCCAUCCAUACCAGCGGCAGCAGUAGCACCUUCUACCACUGGUGGAACACCCUCAGGGAAGCCCUCUGAUGCCCCCACAGCCCCAGAGUCUGCUGCGGACUCAGGAGUGGAAGAGGUGGACACCAGAAGUUCAAGUGACCAUCACCUGGAGACCACAAGCACCAUCUCCACCGUCUCCAGCAUGUCAACGUUGUCCUCCGAGAGUGGGGAGCCCACGGACACGUACACUUCCUUUGCGGACGGACAAACUUUUAUACUCGAGAAGCCACCAGUGCCUCCAAAGCCAAAACUCAAGUCCCAGCUCAGCAAGGGGCCAGUUACUUUCAGGGACCCACUUUUGAAGCAGUCUUCGGACAGCGAGCUCAUCGCCCAGCAACACGCGGCCAUUCUGGCUUCUGCUAGCGUUGGCCGGCCACGCUACCUCUUUCAGCGAAGGUCCAAGCUGUGGGGGGACCCCCUGGACAGCAGGCCGAUCCAUGGGGCUGAGGAUGACAAACCAACUGUGAUCAGCGAGCUGAGUUCCCGGCUGCAGCAGCUGAACAAGGACACGCGCUCUUUGGGGGAGGAACCUGCUGGGAGCAUGCUGGACCCUGGGAAGAAGUCUCCGGUGGUUGCAGCACGACUUUUCAGUAGUUUAGGAGAACUGAGCACCAUUUCCCAGCGCAGCUCUGGCACCACCUACACCGUGCGUCCCGGCAGCCGCUAUCCUGUGACCCGCCGCACCCCCAGUCCGGUCAAGCCUGCUCUGGACCGGACAGACCCGCUGAGCACCGUGCGGCCCUACGGGCUCACCCCGCCCACCAUCCUCAAAUCUUCCAGCCUUUCCAUCCCACACGAACCCAAGGAGGUCCGCUUUGUGGUGAGGAGUGUGAGUGCCCGGAGCCGCUCCCCGUCCCCCUCGCCUUCCCCGGGGCCCCCCCUGCACACCCUCCACCCACCUCGGCCCUUCAUGCAGAAGCCCCUGCAGCUCUGGAACAAGUAUGAUGUUGGGGACUGGCUGGAAAGCAUUAACCUGGUGGAGCACCGAGACAAGUUUGAGGACCAUGAAAUUGAGGGCACCCACCUGCCAGCCCUGACCAAGGAGGAUUUUGUGGAGCUGGGGGUGACGCGGGUUGGGCACCGCAUGAACAUUGAGCGGGCACUCAAGCAGCUGAUCGACAGCUGACCACCCCAGGCAGUGCUGGUCUCUUCUGGGGCCUCACCGCUGGAGGGGCGGGGGGUGCGUUUCUACUAGACUAGGAAACGAGAACCAGCGGGAUUCUUUCUACUCUGACCACUGCACUGGAGGGCGGGAGGCUGGCAAUGACCUACUCUCUCUUUCCCCCUCUCACACACGCACCUGGCGCCGUUGCCUUGGGGACCAGGAAUGUUGCAUGGACGCCCCCCGCCCCUUUGGCGUCUCCCAGAGAGCCGGGCCUGGAUCGGGUGUGAUGUGCCCUUUCCUGAGGGAGCUGCUGCGGGGACAAGCGGCUCUGGGGGAGGGCUGGGGUGCUCCCCUCACGGAGAACACCUGUCCGCCAUGUCAUGCCUGCAGGGAGAGCACCGUGGUGGGUUCGGGUAACGUGGAGGUGGUGCUGAGGAGGACAGAAGAUUCGUGGGCUGGGAACACAGGACAGGCAGGAGCAGAGCAGCACCUGGGGCCGUGCAGCAGUGGGCCGUCUGGGACUGGCUGUGACCCAGCAGAAGUCUCCACUGCAGGGGUUGGCCCUGUAGUGAGCUCUUCUGGGUGCCCCGUCCCUUCUGCUGCAGUGGGUGUUGUCCACUUGGCCUUUCAGAGGGCCAAAGGCUGACUUGGGGGCAUCUUCAGAAAACCCCUCCCCAGAGGGCCAAGAAGUUAGCUGGGUGGGUACUCUGUGAAACAAGCAGCUGUGAAACGGCACCACCGUCCAACGGGCUGAUGGCUAGGGAUUCCUGCGGCAGAGGACACAGGCGGGGAGGGGGCGGGAGAGAAAGGAGGUGGGGGUUGGGCUUCUGCCCCUGCACUGGCAGCCAGUAGACCUGUUGGGGAGGGCAGAACUCGUGGGGUAGGCUGGUGGCAGCAGGAGGCUUGCCUCCGCACUCCUCCCUCCUGCCCAUACAUCCCAGUUGCCCCAGAAGCAUCACCCCAUUGCCAGGAAACGAGCCCGGUGUGCCUGGGGGGAGAGGGGGGAGAAAGGGAGACCUGCACACCCACCCAGAGCAGGCCCUGCCCUGGCUGGGGGGGGGGGGAGACUGUGUUCCUUUGCCCUGGUGAGAUGGGGGCUGAAGUCGCAUGGAUAGAAGCAUGGGGGGGGGCAUCAAAGGGCGGCAAGUGGAGAACCCAGCAGCUUCUGCUUUGCCAACAUUCAUGGGGGAGGGGGGAGGUUUUCUCGGGGGGGGUCAUAGAACGCAUUGAAGGAGUCUCUAUAAUCUCUGUGCAUUUCUGUAGAUCUGCUGGUGAUCCCAACAAGAGGGUGCCAACGCCAGGAUCCCGCCCACUCCAUCCCAGUCACACAUUUUUGCAUCUUUUUAAUCAACUAUAUAUUUGAAAGGGGGGCGGGGGGGAGAACAAAAUAUCUAUAUAUCUAUAUCUAUAGCCACCUUGUUUUGUUAUGGUUUACUAAAGCUAUAUCUUGCUCGGGGGGGGGGGGCUUCGCUGCUCCUUCCUGCAGUGCUUGUGGGAGUUUUUAGUGACGGAAUGAAUGUGAAAAAGGAGUCUUUUUAAAGCUCCUUUCAGGGGAUCUGGAGUCUAAAGAUGGGGGCGGGGGCGGCGGCAUUGCACUUGGCUUUGGGGAAACAGUCUUCCAUCCUUGCUGGGCAGAGCUGUGGGGCAGGCCCUGGCCGAGGGAGUUGCCGCCUCAGCCCCGGCCCUUCUCUUGUCUCCUUCCUCUGAGCAGCUUGGGCCGGGGGGUGGGGGGAGACACCUCCCCGCCUUCAGAAUCUGGCUCUUCCAAGCACCCCGGAAGCCCAAGCUGCUUUGGGGACAGAGCCAAGACGGAGCUGUUCUCCUGGGGAGGGGGCCCAGAUCCCAGAGGAGGCCAGAGACGGGACAGCGGCAGGGGGAGCCCCCUGGAUUGGGGCCAAGCAGGCAUUGCCCUCCAGAGCUCCCUGGCCAGAGCAGUGACUGGACCCCUUCCGCUUGGUGAGGGGGAGGGCGUUCCCAGGUGGGGAUUCCGACGGACAAGCCUCGCUGGCCACAUGGGAACUGCGCCAAGCCUUGCAUCAAUCCCCACUAGCCGGAAAGGCAGGGCGGGGUGGGGGGGCACAGUUGAAAGGAGGUCACUAGGGGCCUUUUGGGGUGGGGUUUGUCCACAUCUGCCCCUUGGGUUUCGCAUGCAGUGCGCCAGUCAGCCGUGCGCGGCCAUCGUAGGAGGAAAGGCCCGGGGAGGGCUGAGCAACUGCCCCGCGGGUCAGGCAGCUGGGCUCCCAGAGAAGUCCAUGCUGCCCUCUGCCGGCACUUGGAGCCACACCCUUCCCCUCCUGCCUUCUCUACCUGGGACCCAGGAGGAGGCGGUGGGAGAGGAAGUCCGAGAGGCCACAGGGCCGUGCCCAGGACAUGCCCAGCCAUCCAGAGGUUCACAGGGCUUCCCCUGUGGAAGUUGGGCCCUGUUUCUUGAAGGCUCCACCCCCCUCCCUCGGGUGCCCUCUGCAGCCCAGGCAUCCCCUUGGCACCAGUGGCCCGCUCCACACAAGAAGGGGGAAGACCCUUCCCUCUCCCAAGAGGGCGCAGGGCUUGGGGCAGCAGCAGCAGCAGGCUUCCAAGCCCAUUCCCUCAGUCAAGGCAUUAAUUCUUCUGGUGCUAGAGGGCAGGGCGAGAGAAAUCCUCGCCAACCCUCACACUUCUCUGAACCGUUCCAAGCUUAAUUCAGCGAAGAAGUCAGCAGUGUCCACCGAAGGAUGCAUGGCCGGGGUGGGGGUGGGGGGCACCGUCUCCUCACCCCCAGCAGACCCCGGCUCUUAAACAGCUCCUGCUGGCUGGGGAGGCCACUUUUCCUCCCCGUAGUCAGGGUGGAGGGAAGGCCUGAAGGGCUGCUGGCCCCCCGCCCCCCCCCCCCAUUCUGGACAAGAAAGCAGGCAGCUCAGCUCCUUCCAGUCAGGUUGGGCUCUCCUGGCCUCCUCAAGUGGGUUUGUGAUGCUAGUUCAGAGCUGCCUGCUGGGCUUUGCACCUGCAGGGACUCCUCUGUGCCCUGGAUCUGCGGAGAGUGGAAGAGCACAAGCCCAGCCCAAGCGGGAAGGGGUCCGCUCUGCCCAGCCCUGGGCUGCUCUUGCCCCUGCUGCCCCGACAGUCCUGGCGGGUGGUGUGGAAGCCGACGCGUCUCCCGGAUGGCCAGUGGCCAUGGGGAAAGUCAAGCCCCUCUCCCUCGCACACACGGGCUCUUUAAAAAGACGCAAAUUUUCUCAGUAGUGGGAACAGAAGGAUUUGUGUUGAAGUUCCAGACUCCCAAACCUUCAUUACAAUCCAGUGAAUCUCAGCUUGCCACUGUCACAUGUCAGAACACAAGAAGUUGGCUACUCUGCUCGAAGGAACCUUUUUGUAUCAAGCCCCACCACUGGCUCUGCCGGCGCCAUUUCUGCUCUCACCUCAGCAGACCGGUUGGCUCUGGACAGCACAGGCCCUCCCCACUGUGUGCC